AUGGGUCUGCUGCGCUGGAACUAUUAUCAAGAUCGCCAUGCCAAGCCACAACGUCACUCUAGCCCCUUGAGCAAUGUGUAUAGUCUACGAGAUGCUUUCUUUGGUUCAAAAUGCCCUAAUGCGGAUGAGGAACUCUCUUCAGAUCAGAUGAAGUUCGGAUUUCUGGAAGCUUUUGAGCGAGUGAAACAUCUCUCGUCGACGAAUAAAGGCACUAACAUCACAUCGGCGCUCAUCUUGGUCCCACAGUUUUUCAGCCGUGAGGUCCGAGAACUUGUCAUUGAAGCGGCUCAGGAAGCUGGGAUUAUGCCCACUUUCCCACCAAUAAGCCCUCACACACUUCUGACGAUGCUUGAAUCAAAUAUACUGGACGAAGAAAUCACGGCUGUGAACUUGGCUACUAAAUAUCAUAAGCUUCUGAUCAUUGAUUAUGGCGUCUGGCAUUUCGAUGUUCAAACACCUGACACGCAGUGUACACUGAAGUUUCCACUCGAAUCAAUGGGCUGUAUGAACCUCAACCACAGACUUACGAAAAUGGUUAUUUCGACCAAUAUGGACAUACAACAACAGCUGGAUCAAGGCGCUUCAUACAAUACUCUGGAUUCCGCGAUCUGGCAAUCACGGUUUCUGAUGAAGGCGGAAAGCGAUGUUGAGUCAUGGGACGAAGAAGCAUCUGAAGAGGAAUUGCCUGAUAAAUGGCCUCUAAAACUGGACGAUUGGUGGAUUGGUCAAAAGAAGGAGGCAUUUCUCUACUGGGAAGAUAUCAAGUCUACUGAAGCUGAAUAUAUCAGCAAGCUAGCGGAGGGUUUGGAUAACCUUCUGAUCUGCAUACAAGAAGAAGCAGCUGAGACCGAACAAGCAUACAUAAAUUUCGAUCAAAUCAUUAUUCUGGGUAAUGCCUGUGAUCGAUCAGUUAUCGCACGUGUUGUGAGACAGUGUGUUGGUGAGCAUGCUAGAAUGAUCGGAGGUAGCUCGGAGGCAGACAUUUUUCUAGAAGCACUAGCUGGUGCUCGAUUUGCCUUCAGAAUUCAUGAAGCUAAAAAAACUAUGGAAGCAUACCAGAAGUCUCAAUUGCCGGGUGGUCACGAGGAACUUUAGUCUACGAUGCCAAAUACGCUGACCACACAGAAUUCGGCCAACCAAAAAACUACUUGUAUUUGAUAAUACUGC